AUGCAGGAGGAUGACCGAAGGCCGGCUGAAUCCCGGUUGCCGCACGACAGUCGCCACCGCACCUUUCUCCUCGUUCGAGACUGGAUCGAUGCGCACAGAGCGGGCAUCUCUACCAGCCUGUACCUGGUCGCGGGAGCGUCACUUUGGCUUCUCAAACGCAGCGUCCGAGACUACAGAGUGAACCGUAUCCAUCAGGUUGCCGACAUUCCAGAUUUCCUUUUGAAACGCCAUGCUACAUUGAAGGGCGUCAUUGCCUCAGUCGAACCCCUUUCGGGGCUCUUAUAUUUCUACCACGUGCCUAUGCUCCACCGGUUCAUUCUUUGUUUCCUUCCUCUGCCCAUUCUCGUUCCGCGCCCCGUCUCGCCCUCGAGUUCGGCUGGAUCUCACAAGGCAGGAGGAAAAUCCAGAGGUUGCAGCGAGCAUCUGUCGGCUCUGGAGAGAAAGCGAUAUUCAGUGCUGGCAAGCCUGUUUCCUUCGUCUUCCGCAUCGCGCUCGCUCCUGCCUCUUCGACUACAUUCUGUUGACUUUCCUCAUUUCCUCGCGGCAGGUCACACCGGGCAGACGAUGCGCGGCGCAGAGGGGGCCGCUGGUGUGGAUUGGGACUUUUCAUCUCCAGGGCGCAGAGGAGGGCAGAUUGUUGAGGAAGGCGACCUUUCGGGGCGAGGCAGGGCGAAUCCGAGGUCAGCUGAGGACGUCGUGUUCGCUCUCAAAGAGUUCCUCGAUGCGCAUCUCCUCCAACAACGCGUCGCCGUCACCCUGAUCCACAGAGAAGAAAGACUCAAAGGAUGCAGGCGCGGAGAGGACGGAGGUGACAGUGAACUAACGGGGGAAGCCGAGCGGGAAGACGACGCCGGAAACAGGCGGAACGGGUUCAGCUCAAGUGAGACGCUGGAAAGCCGGCAGAAGGGGCGGGCAUUCCACGGGCCUCGGCGCGGCGAUGCAGGACGACGGGACUCCUCGCUGUCUCCCUGUGCGACACAGGAGCAGUUCGAGGCGUGGCCUUCUUGUCAUGUGCUUCGUGUUCGGAUGCACUACUUCAGAAAAGGCGUAUUCAAUCUCCGCCGCUUCGAUCUCGAGGAAGAGCUGCUUCGCCGCGGACUCGCAGUCGUCGCACGUGAACGCCUGAGGGAAGAGCAGCUGCGCAGACCGGAAGAAAUAGGAACGCUCGCCUCAGUGUUUGCCUUCUUCAAGCGGCGUCGUGCCGCGCAGCGACUCCGGCAGCUCGAGGCUCUUGAGGCGAAAGCCAAAGCGAGUGGACUCGGCAUCUGGGCUGUCGACUGCCGCGGUGAAUGCGCUGCUGAGCGGGGCGACCCUGCGAGUCAGGCUUCUUCUGGACCGUCAGCGUCGGUGCAUCGAGGGAGAACAACGACCCGCAUGCUGAGGACUUUGGUGUCAACGGUUGCGUCCGAGGCGUCGUCUCUCGCUUCUUUGCCUAAGGACGCGUCAGCUUCGCCUGCCGCCUCUUCAUUUGCUUCGUGUGCCUCUUCGUCCUCGGCUUGUCCUCCAAGCCCGCGUUCUGCGGCUUCGACUCCGCUCGCCGCUUGUCGCAAUUCCCAUGCGGGUACCUCUCGUUCCGCUUCCCCGUCCGCUUCUUCGUGCUCGUCUCCUUCAUCUGUGUCUUCUCCUCUUCAGUCGUCUCCGCCCCGCUCUGAGUCGACGUUUCGCCCGCAUCUCCCGUUAGUGGGUUCGCUGCUGGGCAGGGUGCGUUUCGAGUUUCUGCAGCGUCUCGCCGAGUGCCCCGUAGAGCGUACGCGUGCGUCCCCUCUCUCUCCAGGCAUGCGUGCCCUGAGGGCGAACUCGAUUCCCCCUAUUUAUCCUCGAUUCUCGUUUGCUGACUGUGUCUCUCCACCGGCGGCAACCUCGCCUCAAGCCCCAUCCUCUCGCCCGAGUUCUAGCUCUUUCGCCGCCAACUCGGGUUCCUCUCCGUUGUGUCCUUCGGCUUCCGCGUCUGUCAUUGGCGAGUCGGCGUUCUCGUCGACUACGAGAUUCCUGAAAUUCCAGCAGAGCGCAAGGCGAAAACCGUCGUUUCGGGGGGUGCGCUGGCCUUUUCUGUCAUCGCAGGCGACGGGGUGCUUUGUGGAGGACGGAGUAAAUCGCAUUUCGCAUCUCCGGCUUCCAGCGGAGGCUCUACGGCAAGCGAGCUCGAAGGGGGGAGGUGGAAGGGAUAAACACGAAGCGAGCGCAGCGGAGUCGUGCGGAUCGGAGGUUCUGAGCGGCGCGCGCCAGCUAGCUGGGUUCACACGGAUGUCUCGAAUAUCCGGUGAAAACGUAACACGACUCAAGCACUUAGCGUCGCGCCGCAGGGCAGCGAGGCUUUUGUCCUUUCGAAGCGGAGAGGCUGCGAGGGAGGAAACGGCGGCGGCUCGAGCUGCGCGACAGACGCCGAGCGGGCUUGGGGGCUUGCCUGGGCAGGCACACAGAGGGGUAGAUGCCAUGAGAAAGGCGAUGAAUUGUCCAGUCGCGUAUAGCAAGAGACGCGACAGAGGAGGCGGCGGUGAAGAAGGCGUCCGCGUUGCAGGAAUGGCUAGAGACGGCGCGUCUGGCUUGUUGAGCGGCCUGGCGCCUCGACAGCCCAAAGCAAGGGACUGGGCGUUAGCCGCGCAGUUAGCAGCGGCAGAGCUCAUAAGGGUGUUGAAGACAGGAUUGCUGUGA